ACACUGACACGUUUACAUUACCUGCAUUCUACAGUUUUCAGGAGACUAGUCUAAUUGCACUCCAAGUAGGGAGAGAAUUAUUUCUACAACUUCCUAAAUAUUACUCUCAAGCUGAAAAGAUUCCCUCCUCAUGUCCAGUGAAACAAAGGCAUGUAGAUCAAAUUUCUCAGUGACUGCUGGUCAACAGGCUCUUCAUACCAAGGAACAAGUAUUAUACCUGUGGAAAAAAAAUGAUGAUCUCAGAAGAAAUGAUGUUCAUUUUGUUGUUGGCUAACUUGCAGUCAACCAGACACAACAGUGUCAAUGCAAUUACUACCACAGCCUCUACAAACAGCUUAAAUAGUACAACCAUGAGUCCUUCUAUAUUUAGAAACAAAUUAUCACCUAUUCCUGUAGCUUCUGGCACAACUCCUGCUGAAACUCUAACAUUAGCAACAUACAUGGAUGACAAUGCAACAAAAAUUACAGUGACAGAAAGCAAUACCCAAAGCAACAGUGUAAGUCAAACAUCUCUUAAUACUUUGUUAUCUCCAACUGCACAUCAGCUGAAUCUUACAAUGAAAGAUGUAAAUCAGACAUUUGCAAGUACCAACAAGAUGUCACCUCCUUCAGAGAUGCCCACAACCAGCAGUGGCUUUUCCACAAUCUCUGAAAGCUCUUCAGACACAACUUAUAUAAAUUCAUCAGAGAAAGCAUUAAACAACUUCACCACAGCCAACUAUAAAGUCAGUUCUACUUCUAUGGUCUCUCCUAACGUUACUCAAGUGAGUAGUAUAACAGUUCAUCCUGCUAACAGUCCAGCAAAUACACCAACCAUAUUAUUAAGCACUAAGAUCAACAGUGUUACAACAGACUUACGAACAAGUGUACAAACCACAAGUCUGCACUCCAGUUUUAUUGACAGUUCUGCAGAAGCAAGAGAACCCCAAAAAGAAAAUCACAGUAAUGGAGGAGUAGUGUUUGGUGCAAUAGUAGGAGCAGUUCUAGGAUCUGCAUUAAUUUGCCUGGUGGGGUAUUUUAUGUGUGGGAAGAGAAAAACUGAAUCAUUUGCACACCAGAGACUUUAUGAUGACAUAAGGAAUGAUCCAGUUCUGCGUCUAGACAACGUGCCUGAGCUUUACGGUACAAACUUUGGAGAUCUAUCAUACUACAAUCCUACAACAAUCAAUGAGAUGGCAGCCCAGAGCAGCAACAAAACUCCCUAUGAUGCAAUUCCAAUGAAUGACAUGACUUCAUCACAACCUUCAGCAUAGUAUGACUACUGGUGUCAGUUUUUAUUUUAUUUUAUUUUUUUUUAAAAAACCUCAUAUCCAUAUCUUUUCUUGAGUUUAAAGAUUGGGCCAUAGUGGUUUGAAACAGGGAACAUCUUGCUUCAAUCAUUCAUGCUCUGGUAACCUCAAAAUUGGACUACUGCAAUGCACUCUAUGUGGGGCUGCCCUUGAAGAGGGUUCGGAAACUGCAGCUCGUGCAGAAUGCAGCGGCCAGAUUGAUAACUGGGACCAAGCGGUCAGAACAUGUAACACCGAUUCUGGCCCGCCUGCACUGGCUGCCUAUAUGUUUCUGGGCCCGAUUCAAGGUGUUGGUUUUAACCUAUAAAGCCUUACACGGCACGGGCCCGCAAUACCUGAUGAAACGUCUCUCCGAAUAUGAACCUACCCGUACACUGCGCUCAACAUCGAAGGCCCUCCUCUGGGUGCCUACUCAGAAAGACGCCUGGAAGGCGAUUACAAGAAAGAGGGCCUUCUCGGUAGUGGCCCCUGAACUAUGGAACACCCUUCCUGACGAGGUAUGCCUGGCGCCCACAUUACUAUCUUUUCGGCUCCAGGUGAAAACCUUCCUCUUUUCCCAGGCAUUUUAGUAUUUUUAGUAUUGGUAUUUUAAAAAUAAAACUCAGUUUGUAUGCCACACUUUUUGUAAUUAUCUAUUAACUUGCAUUUCUUUAUGGGUUUAAUUAUGUUUUUUAACUUUUUUACUGAUGUAUAUCUAUAUUGUUG